UACAAUUUUCGAAAUAUUCUUAAAUCAUAUGAACCUCUUUCCCAAGUUGAGGCUAAUAGUAAAUUGCACUGUCAUCCAUGCCGAAUGAUAUCCAGAUGAUAACAUAAAUCCUGGAGACAGAUGGUGAUAAGAUGGCCUGCAAGUUUCUCCAAAGAGAAUAGAUGCAGCUAAACUAUGGAGCAGCAAACAACAUUUCUAGAAUGGCUCGAGCAACCGCGCCAGAUAGUUCUUACGUACAUAUUUUUCAUGGUCUUGUGCUGGGUGAUAACCAAAGUUUUCAGAAGGAAGCAAGGCAUAAAAGUUCGAGAUCCACGAAAGGGCCACACAUGGCAUCACAGCGACUUUCUUGUGAAACCAACAUAUUGCUCCAUUUGUGAAACAUCGUGUGUUCGUGGUGCAUAUUGCGAUGCCUGUUGGAUUUGUGUGCACGAUGAAUGUGAAGAGAAGGCCAACAGCCAAAUUGCUUGCAAAGUUACCAGUUUCCCAAGAGGUAGAAUCAUGUUCCAUCACUGGGUAAGAGGUAAUUUGCCACUUUGCAGUUUAUGUGACAUUUGUGGCAAUGAAUGUGGAAAUGAACCAAGACUUUCAGAUUAUCAGUGCAUGUGGUGCCACAGAACUGUACAUGAAAAGUUUUGCUACUGCCGUCAGCAGCAUGAGUGUGAUUUUGGCAGAAUGCAAGAGCUGAUCAUUCCACCCUUUAGUCUGACAUUGAAAACUGUUGGUUGGAGAGGACAAAGGAAAGUUGUUGUCAAAGAAGUUUCUGAUCCUGGGUUUAAAAAAUGGAGCCCACUUCUUGUUUUUUCUAACCCAAAAAGUGGAGGUAAUGAGGGAACAAAUUUGCUGAAAGCAUUUAGAGGACUCUUAAACCCAGCACAGGUGAUAGACCUUUCAGAAAUAAAUCCAGAAGUUGCUUUAGAGUUCUGCAACCUUCUUCCUGAGAUUCGCUUUAGAGUCUUGAUAUGUGGUGGUGAUGGAACAAUUGGAUGGGUUUUAAAUGCAAUAGAAACUUUAAAAUUAUUGAAACCUCCAUACACAGCAAUUUUGCCUCUUGGAACAGGAAAUGAUCUUGCCAGAGUGUUGCAUUGGGGUAAAAAGUAUUUUGGGGAUGUGCAUGAAAUUGAAGAUGUCCUAUGUGAUAUAGAGGAAGCAGAUUUGGUAGAAUUGGAUAGAUGGAAAGUAAACAUACAAACGGAGGGUCUGUUUCAUGUGAAGUCCUCUCGAAAAGAAUUCAAGAUGAAUAGCUAUCUAUCAGUCGGCUGUGAUGCGCAAGUUGUAUUGAAUUUUCACAAGCACAGAGAGAGCCAACCCUCCCUGUUCACAAAUAGGAUCAUUAACAAAUUGAUGUACUUCAUGUAUGGAUCGAAAGACGUCCUUGCGCAGGAAUGCAAAAAUCUACACGAACGACUCGAACUUGAAUUGGAUGGCAGGAAAGUGAAAUUGCCGAGACUAGAAGGAAUCCUUAUUCUUAACAUCGAGAGCUGGUGUGGUGGCUGUGAAAUAUGGAAAAGCAUGCCAGAAGAUGCAGUGCCAAAUGUCAGUUUUAGCGAUGGUUUGCUUGAAGUAGUUGGUCUGUAUUCUUCGUUACAUAUCGCCAAAGUGCGGGUAAAUUUAACACCACCAAUUAUCAUCGGACAAGCAAAAAAUGUGAAGAUAACAAUUAAAGGGACAAAGCAAGCACGAAAUGUCCCAAUGCAGAUUGAUGGAGAGCCUUGGGAACAAAAACCAUGUAGCAUAAGUAUUUCGCACCAUAACAAGGCAUUAAUGCUGCAGAGAAAACACAUUGAAUCGUAAUUCGCAAGCUGUCAAAUCCUUUCUCAAAUAUUUUGGCAUAUAAUGGAAUCCCAUUAUUUCAAAUUCUGUAUAUAUCAAAAAAAUUCGUAUUAACGAGACUUCAUAAUGACGAGAGUCCGUUAUACCGAGUAUUCGUUAUACAGGCAGUGUCCCAACGGACCAGACGGUUCGUUUAUCGUGUUGAGAAGUUCGGCAUAAAUUUGGUUCGUAAUAGAUAGGGUUUGUAACAAAUGGAGUUUGUAAUAAGCAGGGCUUGUAAUGAUGUAAUGAGUCUCACGAGAGCGGGAUUCUCCAGUUUUUUAAGCUUGUAAUUUUAUGAUUUGCUCGUUCUCAUGUAUUGUAUCAAAUUUUACCCCCUGGUAUCUUGAUAACAGUCUCUGAAUGACCCGUAGAGCUAUUGAUAAAUUGUCCAAGCAUUUACAUGACAUUAAAAAGCCCCCGUUAUUCAUUUUUGGCAUCUGAAUUGCGUGGUUAGAAGCUCAGCCAUGGCCAGGGUGAACUAAAAGUUAAGCAAUGCCCCCUUGGAAAUAUAUUUGGACGCGCCACUUAAUUUGGUUUAGAAGAUAUCCCAAAUCAAUGCUUAGCAUUAUUGACACGCAACAAACCUUGCUAAAAUCGAUUCCUUGAGAGUGAACCUGUUGCUUAAAAUUGACAAAAUAAUGGGGCCGUUGGUUACAACAUGAUUUCCCCCCCUGGCAAUUUCAUUUGAUACUUGUCCGUAUAAAUUUGAAACUUGUUGAAUAUAAAUUUGCUGAUAAAAGAUAAUUAAGAGCUAAGAAAAUGUAAAGGGUUCGUUCAUUUAAUAACACAUGAAAACGAGACUUCGGAUACUAUAUUCUCCAAUCAUAAUAAAGAUGGCUAUUCUUGUUACACCGAAGCUAAAAUUGGCAGUAAUAAUUUUUUCUACGUCGUCCAAGAUAUAAUUGUAGAAAUAUUUAGGUUUCUCCGGAAACAAUAUUUAUGUGAUGCAGUAUAAUUUAUCUAGCUAUACUCAGCAGGAACAUACUUAUAACUCGUAAAUAAUGGAUUUU